GACGGUCAGACGGAGUCAGCACGUACCAUGGCGUUGGUUCAGAACGUUUUAUUGACUCUCUUGAACGUCGUUACAGUCGUAGUGUUUUUUGAACUACCAGACAAGGUGCUAUAUAAUACGCUGAUCUUGAAGAAAGAGUAUGACUACAUCAUCGUUGGUGCAGGCUCCGCAGGGUGCGCUCUCGCCAACCGCCUCACGGCCGAUGGCACAUCAAGCGUGCUGCUUCUCGAAGCCGGAGGACUGGAGGACGCCGCCGCGCAGGUUCCCUUCUUCUCGGUUCUUUUGCAGCGCACCGAUGUCGACUGGGACUACACCACCGAACGGCAGCACAACGCCAGCUUAUCCGUAGACGAUCAGAUUAACAGAUUGCCGCGUGGCAAGGUGCUCGGUGGCUCAAGUUCCAUCAACCACGUGAUCUAUGCUCGAGGAAAUCGAAAAGACUUUGAUAAAUGGGUAUCUGAGUAUGGUGCGGAGGGCUGGUCGUAUGACGAAGUGUUGCCUGAUUUUAUCAGCAUUGAAACGUCGUACCUGGGAAUCGACAAUGGAUACCACGGACAAAGUGGGGAAGUCCCCAUCACUUUCCCCAGUUCUCAUACGAAGGCUAGCGACUUGUUCUUACAGGCUGGCCGAGAGCUUGGUUACAACAACGACGACUAUAAUGGGCCGAACCAAACAAGCUUCUCACGCGUACAAAAUAACAUUAAGAACGGAGAGCGCUGGAGUUCUAGUAAAUCUUUUAUCACAAAUGACGUUCGCAGAAGAAAAACUUCGAUGUCGCCCUUUAUUCGCAUUGAGCGGCUUUCGCAGGUUCUUUUUGAAGGCACAACUGCUGUAGGAGUGGAGUUCAAGCGCUACCUCGGAACAGACACUGUUCGGGCAAAGAAAGAAGUAAUUCUUUGCGCUGGAGCCAUAGCCUCUCCACAGCUACUGAUGCUUUCAGGCAUAGGACCUCGAGAACAUCUCGAGUCUCUUGGGAUAGACGUAAUAGCAGACCUUCCUGUAGGCAAACAACUAUUCGACCACGUCACCGUGAACGGAAUAGCGGCAACCACGGCAGAGAACAUCGAAAUCAACUACUAUUUACCGUCCACAGUGCCUAAGUAUUCUCUGUUUAGAACAGGACCACUUAUCCAUGCUUUUGGCGUUGAAUGUGUCGCCUUCUUAAGCACGCCAAACGCCGAUCCCACGCUGCCGGACAUUCAAUUUCUUUUCGUGACGCUCAAUCCCACCACGAUUGAAGCGGGAUACAUUGCCAGUGUAAUAGGAAUUUCACAGAUUUAUGAAACUUACUACAAGUUGAAGCAGGGGCAAAAUGUAUUCAUGAUUGUGCCAAUACUGUUGCAUCCAAGGUCAUCCGGUUUCAUCCGGCUGAAAAGCACCGAUCCUGAAGAAUAUCCCAUUAUUGACCCUCGAUUUCUCACAAAUACAACAGACCUUGACACACUAGUGGCAGGGGCGAAGAUCGCCGUGCAGACAUUGACAACUCAAGCUAUGAAGAAUGGUAAAGCGACCAUUUGGGACGCUCCUUUGCCAGCGUGCGAGUCGGCAGGACCGUUGUGGAGCGACUCGUACCUGCGUUGCUUUGUGCAGCACACUUCACUCAGCGGUUGGCACCCUUGCUGCACUGCGCCGAUGGGGACGCAUCCGCAGGCCGUGCUAGAUUCCAGACUCAGGGUACUCGGCGGCGUGAAAAAACUACGGGUCGUGGAUGCCUCAUCGAUGCCUUACCUUCCAUCGGGAAACCUUAAUGCGCCACUUAUGAUGAUGGGAGUCCGAGCAGCGGCCAUGAUUAUUGAAGACAACUUGUCUCAAGAGUGAAAACAAAUAAAACGAGCUUAUGAUCAAGAAUCGC